ACUUACAAUGCUGCCAACUAUUAUGAAAUAUGUAUUUUCGGUGAUUUUUUUUAAACAGUAUGAUAUCUAUCAAUUAUAAAUAGAAUUAUAAAAUUAUUAGGUUUGUUAAAUUAAAUAAUUUUCCAUAAUUAAUUAUUAAUGUUUAAUUUUUUGUUUAUGUCAUAUUGACUUUGAGUAAAUAGAGCAGGGAUUUUUUUUUCGCCAUGUUGUACACUCACGUGUAGCUUGUAUCGUUGGUGUUAGGUUAUGUAUUGUUUUCUGAAGACAACAUGGAUGAAUUAAUAAAUUCAAUUUCACCAUCAGAAAAAUAUAAACCUAUAACUGUAAAUAAACUCAUAGAUCUUAAUUAUGAUUUAGGAACUCUUUUAGCGGAAGAUACAAACGAUUUUGAUACGAAUUGUUUGAGUCGAAACAAGAACGAUUACUUGUUGAAUCUUGCUAGGGAUAACACGCAAUUGUUAUUAAAUCAAGUUUGGGGCUUACCUACGGAACGUGUUGAGGAAGCUAUUGUUGUUAGAUUACCAGUACAGAAAACGCUACUUCCGCGUAUGAAACCGAUCCCAAAACCGAGACCUUUAACUAAAUGGGAACAAUUUGCAAAAGUCAAAGGAAUACAGAAAAAGAAAAAAGCAAAAUUAUCAUGGGACGAGCAGCUUAAGAAGUGGGUACCGCUGUAUGGUUUCAAGAAAUCACAAGCGGAAAAAGAGAAAAAUUGGGUACUAGAAGUUCCUGAAAAUGCCGAUCCCAUGGAAGAUCAAUUCGAAAAGAAAAAUUUUGCCAAAGGAGAGCGUGUCGCUAAAAACGAACUCCAAAGACUUAGAAACAUCGCUAAGGCUAAAAAAGUUCAAGUACCAAGGGUCGGUAUCACUAAUUCGGAAGUAUCUACUGCAAAAGAUUUACAAGCUGCUGUAACGGUGGCAAAAGCAUCAACAGCAAGUUUGGGUAAAUUCCAGAAAGAUUUACCCAAAGAAAAAGAAGCCAAAGGUAUAUCGGCGAUACUACCGGGAGCUUCGAGGAAAAGGAAGCAACCACCGGUUUCAGGUGAUACGGAAAAAAAAGAAAAUCUAGCGAUAGUCGAUUCGAUUCUCAAUAAGAGACCCAAAUUGAACAUCGAAAAAGCUGUAGCUCGGCAUAUAAGUAACGAUCAAGUAGGUAGUUCUCAUCAAGAUAGACCACGAUCUAGCAAAAAAUCUAAUAACGUUAAGGGUAAUUCGAAGAAACCAAAAGGCAAAGGGGGACAGAGAAAGGGUGGUAAAAACGCGGGUGGUAGGAAGAGGCGUUGAAAUAAUUUUAGUUUUAUGUAAAUAUAGAGUAAGGGUCUAACUGUAAUAUUAAUGUAAUAUACCCAGUUUAGGUCGUUUGUAUAAAUUUGAAUUGUAUUAGUUAAGGAUACAAUUUUGAAUUUAUCUCGAAAUAAAAAUAAUUCGUUUCCUUGGUUUGUUGGUAGGAUUUACCAAUUUGAAACUUUAAGGAACAAUAUUAUAAAUUAUUUUAAUUUUUCAAAUGUAGUUUUAUUUCAUACAAAAAACCUUGAGUACGGAAAACAAUUUCUCGGAAAUAUACGUCCUGUUAUAAUUAUUAAAACAUUUAUUGUUCUAAAUAUGAAAAAAAAACUGUUAUUUGAUAUAAAAUUCAUCUUUUACAAGCUUAUUACAAUAAAAAAAUGUUUAAUAUACAAGAAA